AUGCUCAAUGGGUUGAGCCCCCAGGCUGGAAAAAUCUGGAAGAAGGCCAAUCUAACCUUCUCCCUUGAUGGCAAACAAAUGACUGAGACCUUCCUAAUCUGCAACACAGGGUCUCACGCUGCUAUCUUGGGAUUGAAAUGGCUAGACGCCCAUAACCCAGAAAUUGAUUGGAACCAACGCACCCUAUCCUUCCCCCACACUGCACCUGAUCACGUGGCCAUUGCCGAGGAGGAGGAAGCUGACAAGAACCCCCUUGAAGGAGUACCCUCCAAUUACCAUCAGUAUGCCAAGGUGUUUGGAGAAGAAGAGUUCAACAAGCUUCCUGUCAGAGUCUGA